UUUUUGCACAGUUUCUCUCUCUGAUAAACUGUUUUUUCCCUAUUAUUUCCCCGAAUCAAAGGAAGUGAAAAAAUCACUAAAACCCUAAUCUUUCUUCAUCGAAAACCCUAAAAACCAUGAACAUCAACAACUAUCCAAUUGCAAUGGAAUCCCUGUCUGAACCUUCAAAAGAUGCCCAAUCUCUUCAAACCCUAGCUUCGGGUACUUUCUCUUCUUCUCUUUCCUCACUGUCUUCCUCAUCUCGAACCCUCCCUUCCAAUCAAGACUUUCAUUUCUUUAAGAAUUUCGACGGUUUCAAGCUCCCCAUUGAUCAAAUUGCCAAGAUAUCGGAUUCUUUGCUUGAAUCCAUCGGCUCAUCGGCUAAAACAUGGUGCGCCAAUAAAGCGAUCAAUUUUCCUGACAGAAUUGGGAGUAUAGCCGAUGAUGAAGCUUAUGAUUGGCUUGUUGAUAUCAACGACGAAAUCUUGGAACGAUUUGACGUUUCCGUGGAUGAAUUUCAAAAUAUCCGAAAGAAAGAAGAGGAAACGGGGAGGUUUAUCGGGUCGGAUCCGGAAAUUAAUGGGUUUCAAUUGGUUUACGGGAAGAAAAAGAAGAAAGGGGAUGGUGGGUUAAUGGGUGACUCGGUUGCUGAGUCAGUGAGUGGGAAGGAAGGUGCGUCUCCGAGUUAUUCUGGAGUGAAGGUGAAGAAAUGGGCGUUGGCUGCAGGGACGUCGGGGAAAGCGAAGGUUCCUUUUCAUAUACCAACAAUACGGAAGCCGCAGGAAGAGUAUAAUAUACUUGUGAAUAAUUCGAAUAAGCCUUUCGAACAUGUUUGGUUGCAAAGGAGUGAGGAUGGGCAACGCUUUGUUCAUCCACUGGAGAAGCUGUCUGUUAUGGAUUUUGUGGAUAAAGAUAUAGCAGAUAUUGAGCCUGUAAAACCACCCUCAAUUGAGUCUACCCCAUUCAAGCUGGUGGAGGAGGUAAAAGAUUUGAAGGAGUUGGCAGCCAAAUUACGCAGUGUAAAUGAAUUUGCGGUUGAUUUGGAGCAUAACCAAUAUAGAUCAUUUCAAGGAUUGACUUGUUUGAUACAAAUUUCUACCAGAAAUGAGAAUUUUGUUGUCGAUACUUUGAAGCUACGAAUUCAUAUUGGCCCGUAUCUUAGGGAAUUAUUCAAGGAUCCCACCAAGAAAAAGGUUAUGCAUGGGGCAGACCGGGAUAUUGUGUGGCUUCAGCGGGACUUUGGCAUAUAUAUAUGCAACCUCUUUGACACCGGACAGGCCUCGAGGGUCUUGAAAAUGGAAAGAAAUAGUUUGGAACAUCUUCUGCAACACUUUUGUGGAGUUACUGCUAACAAAGAAUAUCAAAAUGCAGAUUGGAGAUUGCGUCCUCUUCCUGCUGAAAUGGUCAGAUAUGCUAGAGAAGACACACACUUUUUACUGUUCAUUUAUGAUUUAAUGAGAAUCAAAUUGCUAUCCAUGCCUAUGGAACCUGAACAUUUUGAUGCUCCGUUGGUAGAGGUCUACAAGAGAAGUUCUGAUGUAUGCAUGCAACUAUACGAGAAAGAGCUGCUGACAGAGAAUUCAUAUCUCCACAUAUACGGGUUGCAGGCUGCUGGUUUGAAUGCUGAGCAGCUAUCAAUUGUCUCUGGGCUUUAUGAAUGGCGAGACCAUAUUGCACGUUCAGAGGAUGAAAGUACUGGCUAUGUAUUGCCUAACAAAAUACUUAUUGAAAUUGCCAAGCAGAUGCCUGUAACUGCUGGCAAGUUGCGUCGACUGUUGAAAUCUAGACUCCCAUAUGUGGAGCGAAAUCUUGGUGCAGUUGUUAGCAUCAUCAAGCGUUCUAUGCAGAAUGCUGUCUCAUUUGAAGCUGCUGCUCAACAACUUAAAAUGGGGCGUGUGCUACACGCAUCGGAAGAAUGUGUAGCAGUUAAUGACGGAGCUGUACUUGUACCUCCUGAGACUUGUCCAGACUUGAAAAUUGGAAAUGAUAGAACAGAAAUCAUAGAUGGUGGCAUGAGGGGACUUGAUGGGAAAACUGCAAAGCUUGCUUCUCCUCCAUGUAAAGAAUUAGUGAAGACUGGAAGCAGUAUUCCUGGACCUGACACGGACAAAAAACAAAAAAGAUGCCAUAUGGAGCCAGUUGUGAACAGUAUCUCAAUGUCUACGAGAGAAGGUUUUACCGAUUCAGGGCUGAGUCCACCUUCGACAAAGGCUGGUGGAGCAACUGUUCAGAUUCUGAAGAGACCUAACUGUGGCUUUGGGGCAUUUCUGGGGAAUUCUGCCACGAAGAAAAAAUCUGAUAUAGGUAAAAAGAAGGAAGAGAACAAGUUGGAGCAGAUCAGAUCUUCGGUGAAUCUACCGUUCCACUCAUUUUUGGGUAUAGAGGAGCAGUCAAAACUGGUGACGGAGGAGGCAACUAAAGUAUCACAAAUUUCACAACCUGAAGAACCUCCUCCUGUGGUAGCUACCGAGUUGACAUCUGAAGAUAUAAUAAUGUUGGAAGAAAAUUCAAGUAAAGAUGAAUCAAAUGAUGGUGGUGGUGGCCCAAAACCCAGUGAUGCUUCUGUCGGUGAUAGUCCCGUUUGUUACACCUCGGAAACAAAUGAAGGUGACAAUGAGGAGACUAUGUCCCUAACUGAUUUAUCUACAAGCUUCCAACAAUCCACCCAGUCUUUUAAAGUCAAGGAAUCAAAAGAACAGAGUGGUUCUUUGCAAAUAAAGCCAUUUGAUUAUGAGGCAGCCAGGAAACAGGUUAAAUUUGGAGUAGACACAGAGGAAAAACCAGGAAGUCAAGUAAACUCUGCCCGUAAGAAGAGAAGUUCUGCAGUCGGGCUGCUGCAAAUAGAUGAUGGGACGAAGCUGUUCCCUCAGGCUAGACGACGACAAGCUUUUCCUGCAUCAGGGAAUAGGAGUGCAACUUUCCGGUGAGUGUGUCUGAUGAUAAAAUCAUGGCUCUGCAUGACAAAUGAAAAAAGAAUUUUGCGUUUCAUAUUUAAAAUUUUGAUCAAUAGAAAACGAUCACAAUCUUGUUUAGGAAAGUUUUAAACGUACUCCUAUUUUGGAGACCUACUAAAUACACGGAAAAAAUUAGUGAAUUAAA